CUCUGUAAGAAGUAGUUGGUAUUGGUUCGGUGACAGUGAAUGAAACAAAUGAAAAUAUCCCUAAAGAUAUUUUAAUCCGACUUCAUCUUGAUUUUCGCUGUGUAUAAUUAAAUAAAUAAGUUUAUAAUCAUGGCUCCGAAAGCUGGUGGUGAUUCCGCUAAAGUUAAUUCGGCGGUAUACAAAGAUAAAAGCAAACCAACUGAUAUUCGGCUGAGUAAUAUAAGCGCCGCUAAAGCUGUGUCUGAUGCUAUUCGCACAAGCUUGGGUCCCCGAGGCAUGGACAAAAUGAUCCAAGCCAGUAAUGGUGAAGUAACAAUAACCAAUGAUGGUGCCACUAUUUUGAAGCAAAUGAGUGUAAUUCACCCAGCUGCUAAAAUGUUGGUGGAAUUGUCUCGUGCCCAAGACAUUGAAGCUGGUGAUGGCACUACAUCUGUAGUAGUAAUUGCCGGUGCUCUACUUGAUGCUGCUGAAAAACUUCUUCAGAAAGGAAUUCACCCGACUGUCAUCUCUGAUGGAUUCCAGAAAGCAUUACAAAUGGCUUUGCAGGUUGUUGAAAAUAUGGCUACUCCAGUAGACUUGUCAAAUGAGGAUGCUUUGUUGAAGGCAGCUGCAACAUCUCUGAACUCUAAAGUUGUGUCACAACAUUCAACAAUUUUGGCCCCUAUUGCUGUUCAAGCUAUUCGUGCUGUUAUGGAACCAAUAGUUGGUGGUGUGGGUGCAAGAGUUGAUUUACGUGACGUUAAAGUUAUUGAGCGCAUUGGAGGAACAGUGGAAGAUACUGAAUUGGUUCAAGGGCUGGUUAUCCCACACCGUGCAUCAAAUGUCAAUGGCCCUCAUAGAAUUGAGAAAGCCAAAGUUGGACUUAUCCAGUUCUGCAUUUCCCCACCAAAAACAGAUAUGGACCAUAAUGUUAUUGUAUCUGAUUAUGCUGCAAUGGACCGUGUCUUAAAAGAAGAACGUCAAUACAUUUUGAAUAUUGUCAAGCAAAUAAAAAAAGCAGGUUGCAAUGUUCUUCUGGUGCAAAAAUCAAUUUUACGUGAUGCAUUGAGUGAUUUGGCUAUUCAUUUCUUGGACAAAAUAAAGACAAUGGUAAUUAAGGAUAUUGAACGCGAGGAUAUAGAAUUUGUAUGCAAAACUCUUGGCUGCAGACCUAUUGCUUCACUGGACCAUUUUACAGCUGAAAACCUUGUUAAUGUCGAUCUGGUCGAAGAAGUCAAUGAGCCUGCUGGUAAAUACAUCAAAAUGAGUGGAUGCUCGGUGGGUGGGCGCACCGUGUCCGUCCUGGUGCGCGGAUCAAGUGGCGCCGUUGUGGCUGAAGCUGCGCGAUCUCUGCAUGACGCGCUUUGUGCCGUGCGCUGUGUGGCGCGCCGGCCCGCCUUGGUGGCGGGCGGGGGUGCGCCAGAGGCAGCCGCGGCUGCAGCUUUAGCACGAGCUGCAUUGACCGCGCCAGGAGCAGACCACUAUUGUCUACGUGCCUAUGCCGAUGCUCUUGAGGUGGUGCCAUCCACACUUGCCGAGAAUGCUGGGCUGAACCCGAUCGAGACAGUGACCGAACUGCGCGCCGCCCACGCCGGGGGCGCGGAGACCGGUGCAGGAUCAAACGCUGGUGUCAACGUGCGGCGCGGUCGUGUCACAGACAUGCGUCAGGAGCACGUACUACAGCCGCUCCACGUCACUGCCUCUGCUUUAGCACUUUCCACUGAAACCGUUCGUGCUAUUCUCAAGAUAGACGACAUUGUAAACACGUUAAAUUAAGGACCAGGAGGCUUUGCAAAUGUGAAAGCAUUCACCUAAUAUUUCAUGAUGUUUUAGUUAUAUUGAGUAAUUUCAGCAUUUUAAACUAAUGAUAUUUACUAAAGAAUUAGAUUUAAUAUUCUAUACAAUACCUAACUAUGUAUUAGAAGUAGCAAUGCCAGUAGAAUCCAGGUUUUGAAUGUACUGUUCUGCCAAGUAAUGCUUCAUUUAUUGUUAUAUCCAAACUUGGAUUCCUUGCUUAAUUUAAACUUGUCAGUAAUAUCUGCAC